CCUCGAUUAUGCGCGAGAGCAUAUAAGCCCCUCCCACAAAGUCACGCAUGCUCAGUAUAGUGGUGGUUGUGAGUCGUCUCGUGCAGCUCACGCGGGUCAGACGUGUCCUGACCGUUCGACGCAAUGAAGCUGCCGAUCUCGUUGGUAGUGCUAGCAGUGCUCAGCCAUGCCACUGCACAGGCCGUGGCUAAGAGCUCAGACACCAAACCCAAGGACCCCAACCAGACCGACAAGAGAGAGCUCCAGGAGGGAAACUUUGGAGAUCGGAAACCUAAGGAAAUUGCACCUAAAUUCGCUUCCAAUGAAGCGCCUGCAAAACCAGACUAUGAAAAACAACUGAAGGAGCUAAUUGCACAGCAGUCGCCUGAACAACAAGUGUUCGGAGUGCGGUUGCCCCCUAUAAGCAAGAUCUCCGAUGUGCUGAGUGGACAGGGUCCCGCCUUCGAGGCAGCUCUCGCCAAACACCUCUAUUCUCCAAUUUCCGUGUACCAUACCCGGCUAGGAUCACCAACAUCAUUCGAGGUGCAGGAACCAGCAGCAUCGCAGGUGGCGGCCUACCCACAAACAUAUAAAGGCCAAAAAGCAGACAACGAUAACCAGCAGAGACUGCACCCGCCACAGACAGCAGACUUUCCCAGCGUAGCUCUGUACUCUGUAAAGCAACCGAGAGUUCGUUUUGAAUCUUACCCUCCUGCAGACCCUGGAUUCCCUCGAGUGCACCCAAACUUACCGCAAGAACUUUACCAACCUCAGACAAUUCUCAAGCAACCAAUGUCGUCAAUAUUCCCGAUUUACGAUCAACUCGGCCCCAUCAGAUACCAAGGCCACGGUUACCACGCUCAUCCAAAUGGUGCUAUUAGCUUUGCAAGUUACUCUCAAAACAUACCAUUCCACGCGCAGUACGAAACAGUGAUGCAGGCUCCACCAAACAAUAUACAUUAUACUCAACCUGAAGAAAUCGCUUCGGCUCAACUUGGACAGGUAGCGGUACAACACCAGCCUGUAGCCCUUCAGCAACACCAACAUAAAUUAGUUCCAAUAAAACAAUCCAGGUUCCAGUAUCCACAAAUAUUCCAUAAAAUCAUUCAGGAACAACAAAAAUAUGGCCAACCGGCAUAUCCACCGAUACAUCAGUUUAUAACCUACAAACAACAUAUUCCAAAUCAGGCAGACGUUGUGAAUGAACUUCCACAUCAUUUAAUUUUCCAAAAUCCUCGACCGGUAAGUAAAGGUCAAAUUAUUGAAAUACCUGCAUUCAAACCGUUACCUCAGUCAGUCCUAACUGCAGAAUCCUAUUUUCCACAAACAAGCUCGCCGUCGCCUAAAGAUUCGGAAUCACGACCGUAUAAUUACGAUGAACAUUCCACUCCACAACCUACAAACCACAUCGACCAACCGAUAGCACCGGUAUUGUCUCAGCGGCAGCACACACCUUUACCUCCCUUGAAACCUAAUUACAACAAGUAUGUUAAACCUUUGAAGCCUUCUCGUACGACGCCCAUAUUCUUACCGACAACAUUGCAACCUAUUCCAACGACCACUGAGAGCGCACAGCCCUUUACUGACCAAUUCGUUUCAUCAACAACCGAACAACCUGCGUUUAAUAAUCAAGAUGAGUCUAAAGAAAAUAUUCUGCAGUUGAAAACUAAUUCAGAGUCACAAACACCACAGCCGCUAGAAACCGAUGAAACUCCUCUGUCUCUGCCAGCGUCAGUUUUACCUCUGACAAGACCAACAACGUACAAGCCACCUUUGCACAAUGAGUACUCUACACCACAGCCUCAACAGCGACCAACUCAAUCAGUAGGGACGCAACCACGACAUGAUGUAGUAAUUCAAAAACAGGAAAUUCAAGAAUUAUUUUUUGAUCCCUCUCCCCAACCUUCCAGCACUUCACAAUACCCUCUGCAAGAACAUGAAGAACACCAACUGCAUUCUCAAGUGCACCACCAGAUAUUCGAACAGUUGCAACCCCCACAAUACCAACAAGAACUCCACGAGACACACUCCCAACAAUAUCGACACGUACCUCGUCAGUCAGGCUCUCCGCAACAGCAGUUCGCGUCUCAACAGAUACAACCUCAACAAUAUGUGAUCUUGCAACAAGCGCACCCUCUUCAGCGUCAUCCGGUUAAGCCCGAUCAAUUGCAGAGUCAGCAGUCUGCAGAACAGUUGCAACAACAACAGACAAUAGAACAGGCCCAGUCCCAACCUGAGCAGUACCAACAACAUAACUUAGAACCUAAAAACCAAGACCAAGUAGCCACCAAUCCUCUUGAAGAAUCUAAACAGUCAACAACGUCGACAGACAAUCAACAUCAGCCAGAACAGGCAAAACCACAACUAACUACGGGGAAAACUGAAGAGCAGCCAGGGAAAGUAUCACAUUCUGGAAUCUCGCUACAAUCGUACCAUGGGCCGGUGAUAUCACGCAUCCAAGCUCUGUAUGCUCCACCCCAGCAGUACCUGGCUCACCCUGAGUACGGCAUGGUGGACGUGCCAGUCUACCCCGACGUGCAAUAUUUCGGCAAGUUUGCAGAAGCACUAUUUGGGAAUCUUCAACAUUAACGUCGGGAUAUAAUAAAAUUCUUAGGUACUCUUGGUAGAUAUAUUAGACUAGGCUUAAAAUUAUUGAGAGGAGGCUCGUUUGUUUAAGAAAUACCAAAAAUGAAGAUUUCAGUGUUCUAGAAAUUGUAUUAAAUACUUAAUGUCAUGAAAUGUUGAAGACUUGCGUCUGUAAAUAUGAUAUUGUGUGUAGGCUAUGUACAUAAAAGGUUAGUAUUAGUGUUGUUACAUGUAGGGGAGAAUGCUUGACUGUGAUGCCAUAAUGUGUAUGUGUGUGUGUCUCAAUACACAACUGAGACUCUUAUCGCUUUCUUUAUUAAAGUUGCGUAAAAUCUU